AGCCCUCGCCGGCCGGGCCAGUGCCCGUCGGGCGGGCGGUGGGUCGGGAUGUCGCUGUCGGGCUCCGCGCCGCGCUGGGCCCCCACCCAUGUGCAGGUGACGGUGCUGCGGGCCCGGGGGCUGCGGCCCAAGGCCAAGGGGGCCGGCGGCGGCAGCGACGCCUACGCGCUGAUGGCGCUGGGCAAGGAGAAGUUCGCCACCUCGGUGGCGGAGCGCUGCCUGGGCGCGCCCGUGUGGCGGGAGGAGGCCACCUUCGAGCUGCCGCCCCGCCGGCCCGGCCACGGCGGCGAGCCGGCCCUGCAGCUCACCGUGCUCCACCGCGCCCUGCUCGGCCUCGACAAGUUCCUGGGCCGGGCCGAGGUCAGCCUGGCCGAGCUGCAGGAGGAGGGCGGCCGCCGCAGCACCCGGUGGUAUACACUUCACUCCAAACCAGGCAAGAAGGAAAAAGAGAGAGGAGAGAUUGAGGUGGAUAUUCAAUUCAUGAGGAGCAACAUGACAGCCAGCAUGUUUGAUUUAUCCAUGAAAGACAAGUCCCGGUCUCCAUUUGGCAAGCUGAAAGGCAAACUCAAAGGAAAGCGGGCCAAUGGACUGCCUGACACAGCAUCAGCCAUCAUUCCCAGCAUAACUCACUCACCAGCUGAUAGUGAAGAGGAGUCCUCUGAGAAAGAAAAGAAAAAAUCCAAGAUCAAAACCCUGUUUUCUAAACCUGGUUUGCAGAAAACCUCCCUCUCCCAGUCCAUGUCAGUUUUACCUGCUUUUCAGCCAGUGACGGAGAAAGUUAGGCUUAAACCUGGUGACUUUCAGUCAAAUUGGGGGGAAGAUGAUAAGUCCUUUCCUCCAAAUUCAGAAAAGGCCUUUGGAAACAAAGCUGAAGAUAACUCACUACAUGUUCCUGUAGUCAUGGCUCAUAAGAGAACAGCAAGUGCAGACAAUAAGCAACUAAACGAGAUAACCUCCAGCAACACCAAGAAAGACGGGCUCUCCUUAUUCAGUGGCCUUAAAUCCAAAAAUGAUCCCACACCCCGAUCCAAUGUGUGUAUCAAUGGUAAUCAUGUUUAUCAGAAGGAAAGCGAAACAAAAAAGGAAACCAUGCCAAAGGACAAUACUCCUUCCUCUUCCCCUCAGACAUUCAGGAAAAACCAGCCCUCUGAAUCAGAAGAAAACUUGUCUUCCAAAUCCAGUAAGGAACAUGAAAAGACAGGAAGAGUGUCUCCUAGCAGAGGUUUAUCUGGGUCUCCCUCACUGGAGUCCUUUAAGUCUAUGACCCUACCAUCAUACAAACUGCUUAGCGGUGGAGAUUUACUGGGAAAUAGUGCUUCACUGAGUUUAGAAACUGCAAAAGAAGAAACUAAAGAGGACAAAAAACAAGAGAACAAGAAGUCUUUAUUGUCUCUAGUCACAGGAAGAAAGGAAGUAGUGAAAAACAAUGAUGUAGAAAACAUGUCUGACAUGACUUUGAAGGAGAGAGAAGCCAAACUUCUUGAAGAAAAGAAGAAUGAAAAAGAUGUAAAACCUGUUGAAAUCCCUAAGGACUACAACCAAGAAAGUACUCCGAAAAACAGCAACACAGCAGAUGUCCCCAGAAACAAGAAAUCACAUAACCCCUUUGAUGAAUUGCUUAUGGAUGAACAGAAACCAGAAAAGUCUGCAGCCUCUGCAAGGACAAUCCAAACCAAAGCUGUCAAACCCAGACUGGGAGUGUCUUCAGAGGAUGAAACCGAAGCCACGCUUCCUACUUCUGUGCCUGAUUCCUUUCCUGUUUUCCUUUCUGCACAUCAUUCUAGUAAUGACAAUAACCCUUUCACUUCUAAAGUGGGACAGAAAUUUAAAGCACAAAACUCUGGUAGCCCUCUUCCUCCAUCUCUCAUUUCUGGACAAUGUUCUAAUGACAAUAAUCCUUUCAUUUCUGACUGGGGACAGGAAUCCAAAGCACAAGACUCUGAAAGCUUCAUUCGUCCUCUCUUGUAUUUCCCCCAUCCUCCUGCAACUCUGGGGCAUAUUUCUUCUCAUCUCCUUUCUACUCCUCAUUCUAUUGACAAUAACCCUUUUGUGUCUAAACUGGGACAGGAAUCAAAAGUGCAAGACCUCAAAAGCUUUACUAAUCCUCCCUCUUUCUCCCUUCCUUCUGCUGUUUCUAGCAAAAGCAGUUGUUCCUUUGUAAUAAACUUUGCUGAUUCGGAGCAUCCUGCUUUUGUUUCUUCAGAGGAGUCUCAAAAUGAAAGUUUGACUAAUGAUACAAAUACUGUAUCAAAUUCUCUGGGGUCACUGUCUGAGUCUCCUCCUCUACCUGUGUAUGAAAGAGUUGGGCAGACGCCAAAGAAACAAUGUGAUGCCAAAGAGGUACAGAUAGUAUCACCGCAUAACAAAAAUAACAGAGGCUUUAAGAAAUCGGUGACCUUUCAUCUUGAUGAGUUGGAAAAUACUGAUUCCAGCAGAAAUCAUGCUGAGGCUUUAGACAAAGAGCCACGUGAGAGAUGGCAUCCUGAUCAAUGUGAAGAAAUGUUCACCACUGAUCCAACUGUAAUAGAAAAGAGACAAGGGUUUGCCUCUGUGCUGGGUAUAGAGUGCUACCCUUCAUCUAAACUCUGUGAUGAAAGUAGGAAUUCUGUUCAGAACAAUGAGAGCACUGUUCAGGGUGAUGUUGAAACCAGCAGUACAAGUGCUGAAACCUGGAUGAAAGAUAGCAAAGAACUAACUUCACUCUCCAAGUCUAAUCAUAGCCUUUCACCUGGGAAUGCUGUGGUACAGCCAUCUUCUGCUGAAAGCAAAUUAAACGAGGAGCAAGAACUAUGUAGUGGAAAGAAAAUUAAGCAUUCACUCAAAAUGGAAGAAUUUGGGCUCACAUUAGAGUCCAAGGUAACUCAUGCCAUCAAAAGUGACUCUUCAGUUCAAGUAGAGCUGCCAAAACCCACCCCAGGAGUUCACACAUUGCUCCCUAAGGACCUUAACAAGUCAGAGGAUGUUACUGAACUCAGUCCUCUAUUUGCAAAGCCAAAGCCUAUCCGAAGAAAUGCUGUAAAACUAAAUAAGCGUGCACCUGUUUCUCUGACUGGUAGACUGAAAGAUGAAGAGCUGCUUACUUCAUCUGACAGCACAAUGUCUGAGUCUGAAUUUGUGUUUCAUAGAGAGAAUCCCAUAAACCCACAUGAAAACCCAGCAUGUGACAGCUUAUUAAAAACAGCCACUCUGUCAACUACACAUCAUCUUGACAGAGAUGAUAGCAAUAAUGGACACCUAAAACACAAAAUUUAUGGUCAUGAUGAUUCAUUAUUUGACUCUGGAACAGACCUUAAGUCUGCCAUUCCAAUUACUGGAGAUCAGAGUCGAACACAUGUUGGCCUUCCAGUUAUUCCAGAAGUAGGAUCAGAUGAUGAGCUUCUAGAGAACUAUCAAAAGAACAAUGAAAUGACUGCAAUUUAUAGAAGUUUUCCAAAUACUGAAAAUCAGUGUGUAGAUUCAUUGUCUGUCACUGAGGAAGAAAAGCUCAGUUCAGAUAUGAGCUCUACUGAUAGAGCAAGUAUAUUGCUUCAGAAGGGAGAAGGUGGCCCUUCUAAAUCAUCCAAACUAAAUUCAGUAGUAGACAUUCAUAGUGCAAGCAGCAAGACUAGUGAGUCAGGUUUAGAUAUGCUGUCUUAUCCUAGUGAGCAUGGAUGUGUUGUUGAGGAACAGGAACCAAAGGAAUCUAGCAGUAUUAAGGAAAGUAGGAAGAGUGAUUUUUUUGAGCCCUCUGAAAAGUCUGUUUCUUUUACCUCCCUCUCCAGUUCUUCCCAACUCUCCCCUUCCUCUAGUUCCCUCCAAUCUGGCACUUGCAACAGUAGUAGAGCAGAAUCAGUGAAAAAGCCACCAGCAGAGAGCUUCAAUCAUAAAGUCGAAAAUGCUGGCAAGAAGAAGGUGCUUCAGGCAUGGGUUUCACCCUCUGAGACACUUCCCAAUCAAACACAGCAGAGUGGUGGAAGUGUGUCUGUUAAGCACAGACCUCAUCCUGUGAAGCCAAUGAACACCACAGCAAAUAAGUCGCAUACUAAAAAUUUGACCACAACCACAAAAAUGGAUGAAAACUGGACUGAGAGCAAUAGAAAGGUUUGCAAGAUGUCGGGCCAGAGAAAAUGCCCUGAUUGUGGCUCCUGUGAGAUUGUGGAGGACGCACAUUAUGCUCAGAACCAACUGGUGUGUGCUGACUGUGGGUUUAUCCUCACCGAGGGGCUCUUGACCACCACUUUCCAAGAUGAAGAACAUUUACAAGAAGUGACGUAUUCACGGAGUACUGGCCAGAAUGAGCAGCUGAGCCGCUGUAAGCUACGAGGGAUCAAGCGUGUCCAGGAUCUCUGCAAAGUCCUCUGUCUCCCAGCUGUGUUUGAAGAGACAGCCCUGUCCUAUUUCCAGCGAGCAAUUGAACACCCUUCCUUCCACUUAGUCAGCUUGGAGAAGAAGGAGAUUCUGGUAGGCUGCUGUGUCUUUGUCACGUGCCGGCAGCGCAACUGGCCCCUGACCAUGGGUACGAUCUGCUCCCUGCUCUACGCAGACAAGGAGUUGUUUGCCAGCGUCUACCUGUGCGUCCUGAAAGAGCUUGAACUGGAUGUGCCAGCCCUGAGCCUGACAGAUCUGGUGAAAACACACCUUAACAGUUUCAAGCUGUUCCAGAGUUCAGCCAGCAUCCCUACUAAAUUUGCUGAGGACAAGGAAAAGAUGGUUGCCCGAACAAUCCAGAUUGUGGAGCUGGCCAGUGAGACGUGGCUGGUGACGGGCCGGCAUCCUGUUCCCAUCGUCACUGCUGCGGCCUACCUUGCGUGGCAGUCGCUGCAGCCUGUGGGGCGCCUGACAUGCACCUUCCCUCGCUUCUGUAAGCUGGCGGGCACGGACCUACCCCCACCGGCCCACCUGCGGCUGAAGGAGCUUAACGACAUCCUCCUGAGAAUGGCCUCCCAGCUGGCCUGGCUGCGUGUGCUCAACGUGGACAAAAAGACUGUGGUCAAACACAUUGGGGACCUGCUCCAGCACCGACACUUCCUGCUGAGAAGCUCCUUUAGCUCCGGAGACACUGGGGAUCAAAGUGCCACAGCAGCAGGUGAUGGCUCUGAGUGUUCACCACAAGCUGAAGGGGGCUCGACCCAAGCGGAGGGCUGCCAGCCCGGGGGCAAACAGAAAUGCAGCAGUGUACAGAGGCCUUUGCUGCCACCAUGCCUUAUAAACCCCAGGAAGAGACUUCGAACAGUAGUUCUGAGCCCUUCAGACCAGGCUAUCACUGGAGAUGAGGCCAUUUCGGACAGCGAAAUAGAGCAAUACCUGCGGAGCCAGGAGGAGAUGCAGGAGCUCAGCAAGGCCCAGGCCUGGCACUGAACUGAGCUCCCAAGAGCAGCAUGGACAGAGGAACUAGGAACUGGCCAACUGAAGUAAAGGUAUGAAAUCUGCAGCACAGUUGUCUGUGUUGCACUGCUAGCAGACAUUCUUCCCACUGGAGAAAUAGGAUAAUGGGGUCUCUCAAGCGUUCCAUGUAAGUAAAUGACGACAUGCUCUCCUAGUUCUGCUGGGGCAGAAAAUUAAAAUACCAGAAUGACUUGCUAAAUGAGACUUUCCUAGGGGAACUCUUUGAAUUUGCUAAAAAUAGUCAUCACAGCUGCCAGAAAUGCCUUCAGGAUCUUCUCUUACCAAUUUAGUUAGUUAGUUAUUUUGUUGAAAUCCAGAUGUUCUCCAGCAUCGUCCCGGUGCAGCCCAACUUGUCUGUGUACUGAUCGAAGGUGGUGGCAGUAAGUGUGGAAAUGGUGUGGACACGAGUGCUGGCUCCAUGCAUGCCUUCUAGCACUUCAGUCUGUAACUAACCCCUGGGGAGGUAGGUAAGUGUUGAUACCCAUAUUUACAGGGGCACAGAGGUGGUGACUUGCUUUCAGUCUGUAUCAGAGCUGGGCUUAGAGUGCAGGAGGUUCCUGGCUUUAGUCCUGUGUCCCACUCUUCUAAUCCUCCUCUGAUUUCAAGUGGGACAAAAGCAGCCAAACUAGCAGGAGAACAACUAAGAAACUGGGUCUCCCUGCUGACUAUAGGAACAAGGCUAAAAUUCUCUUCUCAGCUGACCUCUGGUCAAAACUCCUUUUGAAAGGCAAACGGGAAUGAGUGCCAAACAGCAGGACAGAGGAGAAUUCUAAGGGCUGUUUCUUUCUUCAUCCACUGGUUAGGGUAUGAAAUUACUGGGGGUUUGAAUACCCAGUUCAAUGCCUCACAGGCUACAGCUGCUGUUUUCUCCUCGUUACUUCUCACUGUGUUUCUUUAGUGAUAGGCACAUGUGGUGGAACUGGCAGCAAAUCUCAGCUCAUGCUAACAAAACAGGAACAUGAAACUUUUAUUGCUGGGCACUAUUUUGAAUAGAAACUUCCUUUUUUUUAGGAGACAUUUUUACUGAAGGCUCCUUUUCAACACCAGGCUCUGGGACCUGUCUGUAUUUAUGCACCCAGGUGGAACAAGACCUGCUGAUUGACAGAGGAAUUAAAACAUUCUGGACAGUACCACCCAGGCUCCUGACUCUGUUUGAAGGUUACAUUCGACCUGCCAGAAGAUGCUUUCAGUUAGCAGUGCCAUUCCCCAUGCCCUGCCAAUGGCUGAGCGAGCUGCUCCGUUGCCUGAGGAGUAGGAUACUGUAGCUGCCCGGGCCCUUCAGCCCUCUAGACGGUCGUUUCGCUCUUCCAGAGGCCAGUCUUCAUGCCAGCCAUGCUCUCUGCACUGGUGAGGUUUAUAUCGUACUUACUGCCUUUCAGCCCCCCGUUCUGGUUGGCCAUGUUAAGGGGAUAGGAUCGCCGCUUAGUCUCUUUCUCAAUGGUGUGGGCCUGUUUGAGGUUAUCCCUGCUAGCGCUUCUCCUCUGAGCUCUGCUGAAGUCCGGAACCCGAUGGUUGCUGCUACCACCAUCGCUCCCUUCAGACUGGGUCAGAGCAGCAUCCCCCUCCUGCACUGCUGCUACCCUGGCUCCAAUGCAGCUGUUGUUCAGGGGGCUGUUUCGGCUGCUGUGGUGGCUCCCACUCUCGCUGGAGGGGUGAUCUGAAGAAGGCCCCCGCAGCACCUUCAAGCGGUGGUGCUUCCCCUCCCGGAACUGCUUAGUUCUGCUCUUGUGGUUCCUGCGCCCAUGUACGUUGUUAGCAUACCUGGCCGCGCUGGCGUUCUUAUUGUUGGCCGUCUCCAUCUCUUCGUAGCAGGCUGGCCGUGGGGGGGGGCAGCUCUCUGCCUGGUUCUGAGCCACCUGCAGGUUGGUGAGCUUGCAGUGGCCCACGGUGGAGUUGGUGCUGCUGGGUGAGGAAGAGGACUUGAUGGAAUGAGCCACCUCGGGGUUGCAGCCGAUGAAGAUCUGUGAGCCCUCCUCUGUGGCCAUGCCUGGGUGGACAUACGCUUGCAUGGGCAGCGCAUUCCUGUAGGAUGGGCAGCAGGCAAACCAGGAGUUCUGCACGUCUCGACGCCGGGCACAGUGGUGGAUGAAGAUAAAGAGCCCCAGUGUUACAGCUGUUAACCCAUAGAGGCAGCUGAAGAGGACAUUCAGGUACCAGCGCUGGGACACGGCCAUGGCCCCAAACGUCCACAGCGCAACGUACAAGAAAUGGGUGAUCAGCAGGACCCAGAACUGCACCUUCAAUGAGUAGACGCCAUCCACAUCAGCACUGUGCGUCCCAGAGUGAAGGGUGACGGAAAUGGAGCCUGAGUCUGUCAAGAGGUUGCUGCUGCCACCCAACCUUGGGGGGGUCUCGAGGGGCACUGGAGGGUCUUUUUGGUUCCUUGACUGGCACCAGAGGUUAACCCCAGUGCACAGGAAGUAAAUCCAAGUGAUGAGCAAAAUGAAAGCCACAGGAACGUAGAAAGCCCCAAGGCUUGGUCUCCACACCAGCCAGCAGCUGUAGGGGAGAGAAGAGCUUAAGAGUCUGCCUUGAUUCUGCCAAUGCUCCAUCUAGUCAUCAACAUCCUGACGGUCAGCCUGUGAAUAUAUCCAGGACUGGGACACUAUUCACAGUCAUAGCUGCAUCAAAGAGAAACGGCUGUACCGUAGCAUGGGCCGAGGGGCUGGCUGGGGCACGUCCCCUUCCGGCUGCUGCGGUGCCUUCCACGUCACCUCUUUGUAGAUGACUCUGGCCUUCACUGCCAUCCACAGAAGAGUGGAUAAGGAGGAGUAGUGCAAAAUGAUGCCAACCUACAGGGCCAGAGGAUACAAAGCAGUCAGGAAACUUGAGGCAAGGGAGCCUGAAGGAUUUUAAGCACCCUCAAGAGGAGAAUUUGCUGAUUCCUGAGAGGACAAGAAGCAGACCGAGAAGAGAGCUGGAGAACUUGCCCACAGGCCAACCAUGGCAGGGUGAUGGGUAAUAGUACGGACUUCCAAAAAGCAGAGUAGAAAUGGGCAGGCUGCACUGAACGCUACACACCUCUGGUGGCUAGACUUUUAUAUCCUACUCCUAGGUGUAUUUUGUGGAGGGAAGGAGCACCUCAGGGCUCCCCCUUGUGCUGGGCACUCUACACCAGGGGCCAGAUUGUCCCUGCUCCUGCCAACUUACUGAAGUCAAGGGUGGGAGAAAGGAUUGUUGUAAAAUAGGGAUCAAAUUCAUCCUAAGGCUGUGGCCCCUAAAAUCUGGUUUGCAUAAGGAAAACAUGCUCCAAUCCAUAAACCAAUACUGAUCCUAGAGACCAACUGGAAUAGAAUCCAUAGUGAGGCAGACAAACCCAUUUGCCGUAACUACAGCAUUUAUAGUUAAGGCUACCAUUUUUCAUGGCAGGGAUUGGACAGUGCCUCUCAGGUUUAGUCAGGAGGGGGUCAAAUUAAUGACCACCAAGCACAGCCUGUUCUCCAUACCAAAAUCAACACCGUAGUUAGACCAGCAAGUCAGUCUCUGGUACCCUUAGUUUGAUUUUUAAUUAAAACAGGAUUGCUGAUGCUAAUGUAUGGAUCUGUGUGGUAACCACUCUACCAUGGAAAGAUGGGUGCAUUACUGUGCAGUGGGGGAACAAUAAAGUGGAAUUUGUUUGACUGA